AUGACUUUGGAGUACCAAAUGUUUCAGAAUAUACAUCCUGGCAGACUGUGGCUGCUUCAACCACUGACAAUUUUGCUGCUGCUGGCUUCUGAUAGGCGAGCUGCUGCUCUCCCGAAGGCUGUGGUGAAACUUGAGCCCCCGUGGACCCAUGUGCUGCAGGAGGACUAUGUGACUCUGAGGUGCCAGGGGGCCCACACCCCUGGGAACAACUCCACCCAGUGGUUCCACAAUGGGAGCUCCAUCCCCACCCAGGUCCAGGCCAGCUACAGAUUUAAGGCCAAGAGAGAUGACAGCGGGGAGUACAGGUGCCAGACAGGCCAGACCAGCCUCAGCGACCCUGUGUAUCUGGGCGUGCUUUCCGACUGGCUGCUGCUCCAGACUCCUCAUCUGGUGCUCCAGGAGGGGGAAACCAUCAUGCUGAGGUGCCACAGCUGGAAAAACAUGCCUCUCUACAACAUUAAUUUCUACCACAAUGGAAAAUCCAUAAAGUUUUCCCAUUACAAUUACAACUUCUCCAUCCCACAAGCAAACCACAGUCAGAGUGGUAAUUACUACUGCAAAGGCCUUAUAGGAAGGUCAGAGCACUCAUCACAGUCUGUGACCAUCACUGUCCGAGGUCCAGAAAUUCUAUCCAUCUCUCUACCUUGGUACCAAAUCACUUUCUGCCUGGUGAUAGGACUCCUGUUUGCAGUGGACACAGGGCUGUACUUCUCUGUGAAGAGACAACUUCAAAGCUCAAUGGGGGACCAGAAGAAUCACAAACUCCAAUGGAUCCAAGGACCAUAGGACAAAUGUCUCUGCAUACCAUGGCAUAACAGCAGUGGCAAAAGUAUCUCUUCCUCCUACUGUAGCUCCUCCUUGAAAGAAACCUGA